AUAGGGUUGUUUUUAUAGACUGUGGUGAAAAUAUCAGCCACAGUUUAAUUCAAGUCGAAUAUAAUAAGUUCUUAAUCACAGUUAGGCACAAAUCACUACGAAAUAAUCAACAUUUCUUGUUUUCCCGGGCUCUCUGUUUCCUGUGUUUUAAUGGUUGAACAUAUUUUAAUGCUGCAAAGAAGAGAACACACAGCGAAUAAUGAGGUAGCCUAGACAGUUCAUGAAUGUGCCCACGUUCAGGUUGAGACGUCAGGGAACUGUGUCCGUGGGGGCGGAGCCAGGGGUUAGGGGAGGAGCCAGAUAUUAGGGGCGGAGCCAAAUGUAAGGGGAGGAGAGGAGAGGAUUUCAUGUUCGGGAAACGAAACUUAACAUUCAUAGAAACCAAAACCAACCGACGUGGAAGCAGUUCUCUCUUUCAGCAGAAAAAUAAAAGGCAUUUUUGGAACAAAUUGUCUGACACAACAAGGAAUGGCCUCUGCUAACACUUCAUGGUCUGAGGAGGACUUUUCAUGUUCCAUCUGUCUGGAUGUGUUCAGCUUAUUCAACAUGGUUACCACACCAUGUGGACACAACUUCUGCAGAACCUGUUUUACAAAGUUCUGGGAUGAACAAGUCAAGUACAAAUGUCCUGUUUGCAACAAGAAGCUGCGUGAUGAUGCUGUACUACUGAAGAGGGUCCAGCAGUAUGAAGUAGAUGUGACUCUGGAUCCUGAUACAGCUCAUCCCAAGCUCAUCCUGUCUGAGGAUGGGAAACAAGUACACGAUGGAGGUGUGGGGAACGUACUCCCAGACAACCCUAAGAGAUUUACAAAGUCUUUGUUUGUUCUCACGAGGCAGAGCUUCUCCUCAGGGAGAUUUUACUUUGAGGUACAGGUUAAAGACAAGACUACAUGGUGGUUAGGAGUGGUCAGAGAGUCCAUCGACAGAAAAGGUUGGACCAUGUGGACCCCUGAGACGGGUUACUGGACUCUUUACUUCAACAGGGAUAGGUUUGUAUUUAAUGAUAACCCUGAUGUCCGUCUCCCUCUGAGAGCUGAGCUCCAGAAGGUGGGGGUGUUUGUUGAUUAUGAUGAGGGUCUGGUCUCCUUCUAUGAUGUGGAAGGCAGGGUUCAUAUCUACUCUGCUACUGGCUGCACCUUCAGUGAGCCUCUCUAUCCAUUCCUCUACCCAGGUCCCCGUGAUUAUAAAGGUAACAACUCUGCCCCCCUGAUCAUCUCACCUGUCAAUCAAACAGACUAGGACCUUUGUUUGAUAAUAAAACAAAGAAACAACAAAAACAACUAAUGUUGUUUACUGAAUUAGAAUCUCUACUAUGUGAGGUCUGAGAGAACUGCUUUAAUGUCGUACUGCUGACAUUUAACGAGGAGAUGUUCUUUAAGAACAUGAUCACAGUUGUUGAACUCAACCCAUUAUGUAUGGUUAAAUUACACAUUA